UGUUGCGCUCUCCAUCCCUGUUCCCUCUGCAGUGUGAGUGCGUGUGUGACACAGCUAUCGAGAGUCUCCCUCCCUCUCCCAGCGCAGUUGUUUUGGUUGGAUUGCUUAUCUACCCAUAAUGCAGCGGUCUGAUCAUGCUCAGCAAAGUGGCUCCAAGGGAAGAGAAGCAGAAGAAGAAAAAAAAAAGCAAAACAAAACAAGAAACCCCACGAAACGCUGAAGUGAAAGAAACUUCCUUCUGUGGAGCGCUUUAAGAACAAAACUGGGGAACCACUGAACACAAAACAGCACACCCCGCUUUUUUAAAUUCUUUACUUUUAUUUAUUUAUUUAUUUAUUUAUUUUUAAAAAACCAGUAAAUCUUUGAAAUACUCGGUUUUGGGAGCAGGUUGGGGGGCUUCUCUCUAUGUUUGCGGAUCUUCCGGCGGCGGCGGCGGCAGCAGCGGUGCCAUGAACAGCGGACUCCCAGCUUCAGCAGCUCCGCUCGGGGGUAUCUGUAUUCCCGGUGUGAAGCUGAAGUACUGCCGAUAUUACGCCAAGGAUAAGACUUGUUUUUAUGGAGACGAGUGUCAGUUUUUGCACGAGGAGCCGUCCAUGGCAGGCCUGGCGCAUCACGCUAGCGGCAGCCCCGUCCCCCUCUCCAUGGUCGGGCCAGCUGUUGGUGCGGCGGCGGGGUAUCCCCACGCAGGAGCCGGAACAGCGGGGGCAGGAGGUGGAGGGGGUACGAAAAAGAUCGAACCCCUCGGGGCGGCUGGCGUGGGGCUGGAGGGGCAGCUACUCGCCAUUCCUGGAAUGGACGGGGGCGCUUUAGCAGAAGCCAGUCUGACGAAUUCGUAUUUUAGCAGCAGCUUUAUAGGAGUAAAUGGAUUUGGAAGUCCUGCAGAGCCGAAAUAUUCCAUGAUGCAGAGAAUGACAAGUAGCAGCAGCUCUCCAAGCCUGCUGAAUGACAGUGUCAAGAGUUACUCCCCCCAUGAUCCGAUAAAUUCACCUGCUUCUUCAUUGUUCAAUGACUUUGCUGCACUGAAUUUGUCUCAAAGGAGGAAGGCACCAAAUCCAGCAGCCAGUGAAUUCAUCCCUAAAGGAGUAUCAACGCCAAGGAUGAGCAAUGUGUCCCAGUCCAAUAUGCCUGCCUUUUCCACAGCCUUGUUCUCACACCCGUCCAUGGGGAGCACGUCUGCGGCAGCUUUAGGUCCAGGCAUGUCUCUGUCUGCUGGGUCGUCUCCCCUGCAUUCGCCGAAAACUACUCCUCACACGUCCCCUGCCCCCCGGAGGCGGAGUCACACGCCAAACCCAGCCAACUACAUGGUGCCUACUAGUGCCUCGAACCCAGGCUCUGAUCCAGCAUCGCAGAUCAUCCAGAAGGAAACUGUGGGAGGAACUACCUACUUCUACACGGAUACAACUCCAGCUCCCUUAGCUGGAAUGGUUUUCCCACAGUACCAUGUAUACCCUCCAACAGCACCUCAUGUUGCUUACAUGCAACCGAAAGCAAAUGCACCUUCCUUUUUCAUGUCUGACGAGCUCCGUCAGGAAUUAAUCAACAGGCAUUUAAUAACAAUGGCACAAAUUGACCAAUCUGAAAACCCUGGAGUUCCAACAGAGGUGGACAACUAUCACAGCCUUUUCCCUCUCGAGUCCCUGCCGCCCCCCAACCGCCUGCAGAAAACGAGCAACUUCAGUUACGUUACGUCAUGUUACAAAGCUGUGAAUAGCAAAGAUGAUCUUCCGUACUGCCUUCGUAGGAUACAUGGUUUCCGACUUGUUAACACAAAGUGUAUGGUGUUGGUCGACAUGUGGAAGAAAAUCCAGCAUUCCAACUUUGUAACUCUGCGGGAGGUUUUCACCACUAAGGCGUUUGGAGAACACUCUCUUGUGUUUGCCUAUGACUUUCACGCUGGCGCAGAGACCAUGUUUAGCAGGCAUUUUAAUGACCCCAGUGCGGAUUCGUAUUUCACUAAAAGGAAGUGGGCAGGUCAGCAUGAUGGGCCUCUUCCUCGUCAGCAUGCGGGGCUGCUUCCCGAGUCUCUUAUCUGGGCGUACAUUGUCCAGCUCAGCUCAGCACUUCGGAGCAUUCACACCGCUGGCCUGGCCUGCCGGGUCAUGGACCCCACCAAGAUUCUCAUCACAGGGAAAACCAGGUUACGUGUAAAUUGUGUUGGAAUAUUUGAUGUCUUAACAUUUGACAACAGCCAAACCAAUCCAUUGGCUUUGAUGGCUCAAUACCAGCAAGCAGAUCUGAUCUCCUUAGGAAAGGUUGUUUUGGCUUUAGCUUGUAACUCUUUGGCAGGAAUCCAAAGAGAGAAUUUACAGAAGGCCAUGGAGCUGGUGUCAAUAAACUAUUCUUCAGACCUAAAGAACCUUAUUCUGUAUCUGCUGACCGAACAGAACCGAUUGCGCAGUGUAAAUGACAUCAUGCCAAUGAUUGGCGCAAGAUUUUAUACCCAGCUGGAUGCUUCACAGAUGCGAAAUGACGUUAUCGAAGAAGAUCUCGCAAAGGAGGUGCAGAAUGGGAGGCUUUUUAGGCUGCUGGCUAAAUUGGGAACAAUCAAUGAGAGGCCAGAGUUCCAAAAAGAUCCAACGUGGUCUGAGACAGGAGACCGAUACCUGCUCAAACUCUUCAGAGAUCACCUGUUCCAUCAGGUGACAGAAGCUGGAACGCCCUGGAUUGACCUCAGUCACAUUGUGUCCUGUCUGAACAAGUUAGAUUCUGGCGUGCCAGAAAAAAUCAGCCUGGUUUCCCGAGAUGAGAAAAGCAUCCUAGUGGUAACAUAUGCCGAUUUGAAGCGGUGCUUUGAGAGUACCUUUCAAGAACUCCAGGCAGCCGCGAACGGUCAGUUGUAGUAUUUGCUGGAAUCGUGCUGGAACACACCAAGAAACUAAAAAAAAAAAAAAAAAAGAAACAAACAUAGCAAAUUGCACUACAACUGAACAAGUCAUCUCCUUUCAUUUAAAAAAAACAACAAAACGCAAACAGGGUUGGGGAUGAGCAAUGCUGCUUGCACUUCAGUCAGGUACACUGUUUUGUGAAGGAAGAUUGACUUUAUUUUUUUAUUUUAUUCAACCCCCCCCCCCCCACCCCCCGUACAUAACUAGAACCCGCAGCUGCAAUUAUGAACAUUCUAGCUGUGAAGACUCUUUUAGAUUGGGGGAACAAAAUCUGAUGAAUGAUGCUCCUUUUUUUUCACAAUUACAGAAAAUCUUUAUCCUUCAAGGGAGGAGGAUCAUUUCUGCCAAUUUGUAUAAAAAUAUUUUGAACUGGAGAGGUAACUUAACAGCUACAUUAUUUCCACCCAAAAGUACAUCAAGGACCAGGCAUUUAAUUCCAAGGAUGUACUGUUUUGGCAAAACAUUUAAAAAAAACAAAAACAAAAAAGACAAAUGUAGGACUCACGUUUGGCUGGACAUAGAUGCUUAAUUUCGUACGCAGCCAGGUUGGAAACCGAACCAGUAUCUUCAGUGAAAUCAUGUGGUGUGUGUGCUAUGAAUGAACUAGAGGUUGGAUCUUUUUUUUCCUUUGCAUCGAAGUUGUACAUGGGACAACAGGCUGACCCUGUAUAAUUAUUAUUAUUAGUUGAAUAUAAGCACCAACGCCUUUUUAAAUAUUUUGUCCGGUAUAUGUGAGUAUUCCCAUAAAUCGAGACAAUGUUUUUUUUUUUUUUAUUGUUUGAAACCGCAGCUUUAUUAGGGUAUUUUACACUGGAUUCAAAGACAAGUACGCUGGCAAGGGGAUGCACAACACAAAGCAGCCACCUGGCAUCACCAAGGUUUUUGAAUUGACAUCGUCUGGAUUUGGAAAGAUAUUAAGGUCUGUUGUGCCUUCGCAGUAACUGCUUUUACCCCAAAUGUCUCUUCGCUGACUUCAUAGCUAAGGGGUCCCACCUGAAACACAGUUCUGGCAAUCAGUUUUGCUUGAGCUAUGUUGAUCAUGUGUAGAAUUGUGUGCAUUAUGUGGCUUUCCUAUGAAAUUCGGAAAUUCUGCUAAAUAAAAUGGACACAAAACAAUGUUCCCAGGAAUUAAGACUGCCAGAUUUUACAAGGAUGAAACAAGAUAUGCGGGGCGGGGCGGGGGGGGGGGGGGGGGGAAGGAGACAGACAUCUUUUAGGUUGUAACUUUUUUUUCCCAGCACUGAAUGUUUUUCACGGCACUGUGUGCUUUACUAUAGAACUCAAAAGAACGGAAAUUGAGAGGAGGACAGGCUGCCGUACAGCACUUCGAUCGAUGUUAAAACGUUGGCGUUUUAAUCUAUUUUCAAACAGGUUUUUAAAGUUUCUGUGCUAUUUGUUUUUUUUAAUAAGCUUUAAAAUGACUUUGACAUGUAGUUUUUUGUUUUUUUUCUGUACUUUGCAUUUGAGAAGCUGUGGUCAGGUUUGCUUUUGGUAGCACUGGUUCUUGAAUAUUAAAAAAUGUGGAACUUUGCUGUUUGGAAUAAAAGACAGAUUUUUAUUUGGGACUAAACUUAAUCACUUUUUUUUAUUUUGGACUUUGAGGAGAGGGAGAGAGAAAGUGUUUUUAAAAAGUAAAACAAGCAAACCAGAUUUGUAUCACUAGCUCCUUUUAUUUGGCAGAAGAGCAGCUGUCUUUUUGUAUGUUUUUGACAAAUCACAUUGUUAUUAUUUUAUAUAAAAAGAAAACAAAACAAAAAAAAAGUGGUAUUCUCAAAAAAGCAAGAUAUGCUUAUUUUAUAUGCAGACAAGAGGUUCAUUUUCAUAUUUUCAUUUUUAAAAAACAUUAACGGGGAUCAUUGUAUUUGGGCAUCAAGCCUGUUCAGACAAAUAGCUUUGUGGACCAAUAUUUUCAGAAGCAUCAUUAUUAUUUUUCACAGAAGCAAGGACAGAGGUAAAAAUAGGGAAUAAACAUUUCCGAAUUACACACCCUCAAUACUCUAAUGCUCUUGUAUACUGAUUGAGGUUCUGAUGCACAUUUAGAUGUCUAUUGCAGAAGGAUGUUUGGUGAGCAGAAUUCCUCAUUAGAGCAGUCUGAUGUAUCUUGGUAUUCUCACAUCACAUUAAACACCACUCUGGGUUUAAUUUAUUUUUUACUCUAUACAAAUCAAAUGCUAAAGGUAAAACGUUAGCAAAUGACAACUGGAGUCAUGUCAAGUUGUCAUUUUUUGGGCUGUGAAAAUCUGCUAACUUAAUGUGGAAAGCUCAGGUUGUGUUUUUACAUGUGCAGCUAUUUCUUCAUGUUCCAGUAUAAUGGGUAGUAUUAUUUUUGUUUGGUGGUUCUUCUCCUUUUUAAACAUGUUGCAGGCCAGGUUUAGCUUAUGGUGAGAGUUGGGAAUCUCCUUGUAAUUCUGAGAUCUCUAGUUGGAAAGCUAGUCUCCUGAUAUAACCAGAUCCCAUCUUUGUUAGUCACCUCAUGAAGAUCGGUAAGCUCCUAACUUUUGAUGGUUGGGGUAAUGGAGAGAGAGAGAAAAGAAAGAAAUCCAUCCUUUUAAAGUCCUGCAUAGAAAAUAAACAUUAUACAACUGAUCGUACAGGGCACCUCUAACUUAGUCCAGGUAAAGUUAAGCAGUGUACAUUGAUACACAUUAGUGUUAUUUUAUUCUUGAAUGUGUUGAGGA